AACAAAAUAAGCACACACACUGCGCGACGGUCUAAAUUUGUGUUGUUCAAACUCGUUGCGUUUAAAAGUCAUCAGUCAGAAUCGGACGUAGGGCUGAACAGAUCAUCCAGCUCACAGGAUUGCGCCAAGUUGACUCUGGCCAGUGCGUAUUUUAAGUGCGAUCAGAUUACUCCGCCUAAUUUAAUAGUUUACAAGUUUAUUUUCGCCUACGGCAAGAAUAGUGACAUUGUUUGAUCGUGACCAACAUAAAUCGAACGUUGAUUGCUUCAAUUAUUAGGCGAUCCGGCAUUACACACAAUGAAUUGUUAAAACGAAAGGUCGUAUUCCUUAACACUUAACAUCGAAGAACAAUCACAUGUGACGUCCGAUGUUAUAUAACGCUAAGCUCCUCAGGAAUUUUUCAAACACGAACCAAAUCGUAAUUUGACCAGUAACCUAAGGCGCCAUUUCACGCGCGUACCGGAAAAGCCUCCAAGAUGGCGCAAGAGACGAUGAAGCUGAAGCCUGUUGGAGCAAACAAAAAUUAUUCGGAUGAUUCUAGGAAUGUGGAAAGAGGAGAAGGCAGCCCGCAAGAUGACGAUUACGAUCCGCAUCUGCACAGGAAUGUCGAGCAUCCAACAAGCAAUACGGAGACGCUCAUCCAUUUACUUAAGGGUAGUUUGGGCACCGGUAUCUUGGCGAUGCCGGAAGCUUUCAAGAACUCCGGCCUGACGAAUGGAUUCAUUUGUACAAUUCUCAUCGGUAUACUGUGUACAUACUGCCUUCAUAUCUUAGUAAAAGCUCAAUAUAUUAUGUGUAAGCGACUGAAAGUUCCAAUUUUAACAUAUCCAGAGUCAAUGAAGGUAGCUUUAGAAUCGGGACCACAGUGUCUUCGCAAAUUUGCAAAUAUGUCACCAAUUUUAGUAGACUUCUUUUUGGUAAUUUACCAACUUGGUAUUUGCUGCGUUUACGUGGUAUUCGUCGCAGUAAACAUCAAAGCGGUGGCUGAUCAAUAUACAGAGACAGCGAUUUCAGUCAAAUUAUACAUCCUCAUGCUUCUAGUACCUUUCAUUCUCAUCAACUCAAUAAGAAAUCUCAAGUUAUUGGCACCCUUCUCGACGUUAGCCAAUGUGCUUACUUUCGCAUCUUUCGGCAUUGUCCUUUACUACAUUUUCCAAGACCUGCCGAGUAUCGAUGAGCGGCCUCAUUUUGGAACAGCAUAUACGUUCCCAUUGUUUUUCGGAACAACUUUGUUUGCCUUGGAAGCCGUUGGUGUUGUUAUUGCGUUAGAAAAUAACAUGAAGACACCUAAAUCUUUCGGCGGCACAUGCGGCGUUUUGAACGUUGCGAUGGUUGUUAUUGUAUUUUUGUAUGUUGGCAUGGGUUUCCUUGGAUACUGGCGCUAUGGUGAACAGAGCGAGGCCAGUAUCACGCUGAAUUUCCCCCCACAAGAUGCCUUGGCGAAAACAGUCAACAUUCUUUACUCCAUUGCUAUAUUCAUCUCAUACGGCUUACAAGGCUACGUACCAGUGAAGAUUUUAUGGGACACGUACAUUUUCAAACGUCUCGAAAACAGUAACCAUCUUCUCGUCUGGGAAUACGUUCUACGCAUUGGCGCUGUCAUCGUUACUUUUGUGCUUGCCGUAACAAUUCCACUUCUUGGCUUGUUUAUUUCAUUGUUUGGUGCGUUCUGUCUCUCCGCAUUGGGAAUUGCGUUCCCGGCGAUUAUGGAAAUUUGCGUUAUGUAUCCGGAUAAAUUGGGUCCUUGCAAAUAUAUUCUCAUCAAGGAUAUUCUUUUGAUAUUAUUUGGCAUUAUUGGCUUAUGCGCUGGCAGUUACAGCUGCUUAUCGGAAAUCAUUAAUGCACUUUCUAGUGGCAGUUAAGAAUAUUAAACUCAAGCAAAUUUACAGGGUUGCACUCCACUUCGCGCCUGAUACAGUAGAAUACAAACAUAUAUAUCUAAGUAUAGUGCUAUUAUUGAUAAGAUCAAGUAAUCAUUCAUUACGUUAUCAUGUUAAGAAUUUGAAGAAGAUGAUUAUAACUUUGAAGAUGAUCUAAAACUCAAAUCAUCACGUAUAAUUGAUAUUGUUCAUGAUGAAGUUGACAGAUUGAGAUAAAAUAUAUGAAAAUGCUCUUUGGACCAUGUAUUGCAACAUCAUGGUAAAUUCGAAAGAUAGAAAUGUGUACAUCCUGUUCAGUUCAUGACCAUGUCAAAUAUUAUUAAGUAUUUUAUAUGUUUCUGUUUUCGAGUCUAAACAUUUGAAUGUUAGGAUAACAUUUUCGAAAAUGCUAUUUUUUGUAUAAAAAAGUGGGUUGCCUAUGUUAUUGAUUGGUAGCUCUAUAUGGAAAUUUAACGCACACAAAAAAAAAUCCAAAUAAAUUUAAAUUUAAAGAAGACGAUAGUGUUUAAACAUGUUUACAAUGUAGCCAAUUUAGAAAGUGCCAUUGUGAAAUAAGAUAAUGUUAUGUUCCCCGCACUAUUAUGAUUAUUAUUACUAUUAUUAUUAUUAUUAUAACAACACUGUUAAUUUGUUGCUAUUAAUUAUGCCGAAAUGUACGAAAAAUAAAGUCGUCUUAACAGAAUAAA